AAUCACUUCUAACGCUUCAUCAUGCCAUUGAUUCGCAAGGAAGGCAAAGACACAAUCAUCUUUGCAUCUAAAGAGGAUCAUGCAGUACCCAGCAAGAUAAACCUGCCAGAAUCAGAACCCAGUCCGGGUCUGCUACUGCCUAAUGGCGAAAUCAAUUGGAAUUGCCCGUGUCUGGGUGGUAUGGCAACUGGACCAUGCGGAUUAGAAUUUCGCGAAGCCUUUUCCUGUUUUCAUUACUCGACCGCGGAUCCAAAAGGUUCGGAUUGUCGCAAGGCGUUCGAAACAAUGCAGGGAUGCAUGUCACAAUAUCCAGCAUUGUAUGAAAGCAAGGGUGUACCGAUGGACGAUGAUGACCUAGAAGAGGAGGAUGCUGAACAAGAAGAGAACCAGUCAUCAGCCAGCAGCGAGGACAAGAGAAAGGCAGUGACGACUGAUCACGACACAAUACUAGAGACGAAGACCAAGGAGAAAGUGAAUGCUUUGAGUACAAAACAGGAAGUGGAGCGAGCUAAGACUAACUGAAUGUGAUAUUUGCACAUACUUUGCUGUUACAAGGCGUGGUAUUUGUUUUUUCUUCUAAUAGAUUUCUUUCUCUUUAAAGACAAACAAUAAUACCAUGUUGUAUUAUACUGUGGUGUCGGUAUAGCAUUCGCAAGAGGCGUUUCUAGUGCAUAAAUAAUGAGACUUAAGAUGAAGGAUCUCUCUAACAUUAGGAAAAAGUGAUAAAUGAGUAAAAAUAAAACACUCGUUAGCUAUUUUUGAUUCUUGAUGGAAUAAUGAAAUUGAGACAUAGAAUAACUAAAUCCAAAAUUUUGUACGCGCAAAAUCGAUGGGUUUAGUAUAACUUUGCAUACACUUAGUAAUUAAUAGUUCCAAGUUCAUAACAUUCAUGUUCGUCUGUUAUUAAAAAGAUCUUAUUAAUUC